AUGAAUCAAUCAGGUAUGAAACAAUCAAGCUUAUCAAACAUGAACCAAACAGGAAUAAGCCAGCUAGGCACAAGCUUACUUAACAUGAACCAACUAGUUGGGAACCAACCCAAAACAAGCCUACAUGAUGUGAACCAACCAGGAGGGAAAAAAUCAGGUUUCAGCCAACCAGGCGUGAAGUUAUCACACAUGAAUUUACUAAACACAAACCAACCAGACAUGUGGCAACCAAGCAUGAGCCCAACAUGUAUGAGGCAACCAGGCCCAAGACAACUAGGCAUGAAUGUACUGGAUAUAAACCAACCAAGCAUGAAACAACCAGGAAUGUGGCAACCAAGCACAUGCCAACCAUGUGUGAGAGAACCAGGCCCAAGCCAACCAGGCAUGAAUCUAUUUGACACAAACCAAACAGGCAUGAUGCAACGAAGCAUGAGUCAACCAGGUAUGAGAGAAUCAGGUCUAAGCCAACCAGGCAUGAAUCUACUGGACAAAAAUCAACCAGGCAUGAUGCAACGAAGCAUGAGUCAACCAGGUAUUAGAGAACCAGGCCCAAGCCAACCAGGUGUGAAUCUACUGGACACAAACCAACCAGGCAUGAGACAACCAGCCAUGUUACAAUCAAGCAUGAGACAACCAGGUAUAAGAGAACCAGUCCCAAGACAACUAGGCAUGUUGCAAAGAAGCAUAAGCCAACCAGGUGUGAGAGAACCAGACCCAAGCCAACCAGGCAUGAAUCUAUUGGACAUAAACCAACCAGGCAUGAAACAACCAGCCAUCUUUCAUCCAAGCUUGAGCCAACCAGGUAGGAGGCAAACAGGCCCAAAUCAACCAGAAAUGAAUCUACUGGACACAGUCCAACCAGGCAUCUUUCAACCAAGCAUGAGCCAACCAGACAGGAGGCAAACAGGCCCAAAUCAACCAGGAAUUAACCUACUGGAUACAGUCCAACCAGGCAUCUUUCAACCAAGCAUGAGCCAACCAGAYAGGAGGCAAACAGGCCCAAAUCAACCAGGAAUUAACCUACUGGAUACAGUCCAACCAGGCAUCUUUCAACCAAGCAUGAGCCAACCAGAUAGGAGGCAAACAGGCCCAAAUCAACCAGGAAUUAACCUACUGGAUACAGUCCAACCAGGCAUCUUUCAACCAAGCAUGAGCCAACCAGAYAGGAGGCAAACAGGCCCAAAUCAACCAGGAAUUAACCUACUGGAUACAGUCCAACCAGGCAUCUUUCAACCAAGCAUGAGCCAACCAGAUAGGAGGCAAACAGGCCCAAAUCAACCAGGAAUUAACCUACUGGACACAAUCCAACCAAGCCUGAAACAAGCAGGCAUGUGGCAAUCAGGCAUGAACCAACCAGGUAUGAAUCUACUGGACACAAAUCAAUCAGGCAUGUGGCAACCAGGCAUGAAGCAAGCAGACACCAGGCAACUAUUCCAGGACCAACGAAGCACGUGGCAACCAGAUAUAAGCCAACAAUUCCCAAGCCAACCAGUCAUGAACCAAAUAGGCACAUGGCAACCAUACAAAAGCCAACCAGGCACCAGCCAAUCAGGAAUAAGCCAACCAGAUAUGAGCCAACCAGGCAUGAGCUUUUCAGGCAUAAGCCAACCAGGCAGGAGCCAACAAAUUUCUGGUCAACCAGGGCCAGUCCAAUUAGUCAGGAAUCAAUCAGGCAGGAUCCAGUCAGGUAUGAGCAAAUUCGAAAAGGCUAAAUCACCCACAAGGAAAUCAAGCAUGAAUUCUUUCCGAAUAAGACCUGCAGAGGCUCGAGACUGCCCAGAAAUUCUGCGGCUGAUUAAAGAGCUGGCUGCCUGUGAAAAUAUGUUAGAUGCAGUGAAGUUAACAGCAAUGGAUUUACUGAGAGAUGGCUUUGGGGAGAAUCCCCUUUUCUACUGUCUGAUUGCUGAAGUAAAAAAUCAUCAAAAACCAUCAGGUAAAAUGGCCGUUGGAUUUGCCAUGUACUACUUCACGUACGACCCCUGGAUUGGCAAGUUACUUUACCUAGAGGAUUUUUAUGUCAUCCAAGAAUACCGAGGCCUAGGUAUUGGAGCUCAAAUGCUUAAGAGGCUAAGUCAGAUAGCCAUCAUGAGUCAAUGUAACUGCAUGCACUUUCUUGUUGUCAUUUGGAACCAGGCUUCUAUUGAGUACUACACAAGUCGAGGGGCUUUAGACCUUUCCUCUGAGGAGGGGUGGCAUUUGUUCAGGUUUAACAGAGAAGAACUCAUGGACAUGGCGGAGGAAGAAUGAAAGAGGCCUCAUAACAACUCAUUCCAACAUAGGCUCCAACAUCUGAAUGUCACCUGAGUCGAACAGCAGUUUGAUACUGAAUGUUGUAAAAUACAACAAAUGAUAAUAUUCUUGUUUGAGCAGAUCUUUUACUUUGAAAUAGAUUUUGCAGAUAUAGUUAGCUCUGCCUUAUCCAAACUAAUAUACUAAUGGAUAGAAGCAGUGCUGAUAAUCCAAAUGAAAAGUAAUUUCACAAGCACUUAUACUUGGCUUUGGCCUGUUUAUCAAUUAUCUACUAUAGUUCGACAAAUUUAUAUUGCUAAUUCUUUCACAUUUUAACAUAUUUGAGAUUGGGAUAGCAUUAUGAUCAACUGGCAAGUUUGUUUUUCUUUUUAAAGGUCUAUGAUGUGUUUUAUAUUUGAUGAAAUAUAGGUACUUUUGAAUAGAAACAGAUCUCAGAUUAAAAUAGUCAUUUCACAUACUGGUCCUAAAUCCUGAAGCGCUUACUUAUGAAAAACUAGCAAAUGAAUUGAAUCUUUAAUUUGAGAAGCUUUAAGCUUUUAGCACCACUACCUCCUUCAUUUUAUCACAGAACUACAUUCCAUCUCUGAGCAUCUAUAGCUCUUUGGUUGUACAUAUUAGGGCAGAUAUCUUAUAUAACAUGGUUAUUUGUAUGUUUAUUUCUUUCAUGGUAGAGUAAGCUCUUUACUAAAUUAUAAUUAUUGUUAUCCUGUAACCAGAAACAAACAGCAUGGCAGCACAUGAGAGUUCUAUGUAUUAGGCAUUUCAUGGGCACAGAAGAAUAAUUCAGCCACACACACAAGAAUCCUUGUCCAUGAGAAAAUACUAAUUAUAAUAAAUAUGGUGGGCUAUUAUAUUUAUAAAUACCAAGUACAAGGGAAUGCAGAAAAAGAACAUUGAAAUCCUACCUUGGAGAAUUGAGAAAGAGGACACUGGAAUUGGAUUUGGAGGAUGGGUACAGAGUUAGAAUAUGGAGCAAGAUGAAACAGAAGAGCAUUCUAAGAGGAAACAUUCACAAAGGCAGAAAAUACAGAGGAAUAAGUUACAAGUCAUGUUCAUCAAGCAAGUGGUUGUCAUGAAUACAAUAGAACAUAUAUUAGUAUUAUGGUAAAUAGUGAGAAGGAAGAUAGGAUGGUUACUAAUGAGCUAUUGUACCAAUUCUAUAAUUGCCUAAUUCCAGGCUUUAAAUAGAUAUUUGUUUAAGCUACUACUAGCUUGUUAACUUGCAAGCAGAACAGAUUAAUAGUGAGCAUAUAAACCAGGAACCUACUCUGAUAACCCAAGAAAGCAAUGAUGAAGACCUGAAUAGCAGCAAUAAUAGGAUUAGAAAAUACAAAGGUAGAACAAAUUUGAUAAAUAAGAAAUAAGCAAAAGGAGACAGACACAAUUUACUUUUAGGUAUAUUGACACUGAGAUAUCUAUGGGAUGUUAGGUGAACAUAACUAAAAAAAUUAUUUGAAAUAUGGGUCUACAAACUAAUAAAUAAUUAGAAAUUAUAGGUCUACAACACUGGAGAAAUAUGAGGGCUAAACAUAUGAAUGAAGCCAGGGAAAUUGGUUGAAUGAAAAUGAGAGGGCAUAUAGAAUGAGAAAAGCUCAGAAGGGAUGCAGAUUGAGAAGCCUUAACAUUUGUAGAAAAAAAUUGAAAGUAGGGAAUUUAGAAAGGGACAUUAAUUACUCAUUAAAGAAGUAUGGAAAUCACAGAAAGGAGCUCAAGAGAAGAAAGCUUGAGAGAAAAGAUAGAGUUAAGAAAAGGUGUUUGACCUUGGUAAUUUUUGCUUUUGGAUAAAGAAGAGCUAAAGAUUUUUAGAGGUUGAGGAAAAGAAAUAAGAGGAAAGAAAAACCAAAGACUGACAAUUCAACAGAAUGGCAUAUCAUUCUAGUUAAAGACAUGAAGGAAUGAGAUUAGGGAUACCAAUAGUAUCAUCAGUUUUAGGAAAGGGGGAUUCGUGACUGAAAAGGAUUACGUCUACAAGGUAGAUAUGAAGUAGUUGGGAAUGGUUAUGUCUAAUAUAUUUUAUGCUCUAUGAAACAGGAAAAGCAGUCAACUUUAAUAGGUAUAAGAGGCUUGAGAAGAAUAAAAUGUUUUUAAUAUUUCUCAAGAACAGAGAAGUAAACUGCAUAGGGGCCAGUGGAAGAACUGCUAAGUAGCAUUAGGGGGGCCCAU